CCAUGGAAGAACAAGAAACAUAAGACCCAUGCUGUGAACCCGUUUGCAUAUUUAUUCUAUAUAUACAAACAUCGCUGUGGCUUCAAGAAUCAAGAAUUCUGAUCGGACAUUUUAAAGGCAGACGUUUCUUGCACUCAAGAAACUUUCUCUUCUCACUCUCUCUCUCAGGAAUCUUCCCAAAGGCUGUUGCUUUGCUUGGGGAUAUGGCUUCAAUCACACCCAUAUCCCAAUCCCAGCCCCUUUUCAGCAAGACCCAGUUCAGGCCCAAGAAGCUCUUCGGAGCACCCAAUUCCGUGAGGAUGAAUUCAAAGAAGAAGAUGGUGGUGCUGGUAUCGGCGACGACGGCGGCGGAGAAGCCCCGGAAGCGGUUUCCGGGAGAGGCCAAGGGGUUCGUGGAGGAGAUGAGGUUUGUGGCCAUGAAGUUGCAUACCAGAGACCAGGCUAAGGAUGGGGAGAAGGAGGCUGAAGGUCCGGCACUGGCCAAGUGGGAGCCGUCUGUUGAUGGGUACUUGAGGUUUCUUGUUGACAGCAAAUUAGUGUACGAUACGCUCGAGCAGAUCGUGGAAAAACCUCCUUUUCCUGAAUAUGCCGAGUUCAGAAACACAGGAUUGGAAAGGUCAGAAAGUCUGGCAAAAGACUUAGAAUGGUUUAAAGAGCAAGGUCAUACCAUUCCCGAGCCGUCAUCUCCUGGUGUUAGCUAUGCCAACUAUCUUGAGGAAUUAGCAGAGAAGGAUCCUCAAGCUUUCAUUUGCCACUUCUAUAAUAUAUACUUUGCCCACUCUGCUGGAGGUCGAAUGAUAGGGAAAAAGGUAGCUGAAAAGAUACUGAACAAGAAGGAGUUAGAAUUCUACAAAUGGAAUGGUGACCUUUCCCAGUUGUUGCAGAAUGUGAGGGAGAAGCUGAACAGAGUUGCUGAGAGCUGGACUAGAGAGGAGAAGAACCAUUGUUUGGAAGAAACAGAGAAGUCAUUCAAGUUCUCGGGAGAUAUCCUCCGUUUAAUAUUGUCAUGAUGCACUAACAGUGCAACUGGUAUCAUGUACUUCUAACUUGUGUAAGUCACAGCACAAGCUUUAACAUAUGUUUAUUUUAAGCUUCCAUUUACCGUGUAUAAACAGAAUCUAAAGAUGUAAUCUUUCAUCAAGAAUUGACAUAUUGCCCCUUUGUUAUAUAUUUGAAUGAUUGAUAUUGUAA